AUGCGUUUCAAAUCCUCCAUUGACAAACCCCAACCCUGGAUCAACUUUCUCCCGGCAUCCCCUUUCCCUGACCACCAAGAACUCACCGUCGCCACCAAUCUCAGCUACGACCCCGCCGCUCUCACCUCCGCCGCCACCGACUUCGGCCACAUGCUCUCCAACCCACCAGCUGCCGUCCUCUUCCCUUCGUCUAUAAACGAUAUCGCUUGCUUAAUCAAACUCGCCAAUUCCUUUCCCGCUCCAUUCAGCAUCGCCGCCAAGGGCUGUGGCCACUCCGUCCGCGGCCAAGCAAUGGCCGGAAACGGUGUAGUUGUCGAGAUGACUUCCAUGAAUAAUAAUAAUAACAACAACACCCGAAUUGCUAUCUCCGGCAACCCCUCCACGGGAUACUUCGCCAAUGUCGGUGGCGAGCAGCUUUGGAUUGAUGUCCUCAACGCCACUCUCGAACAUGGACUCGCACCGGUGUCGUGGACCGAUUAUCUUUACCUCACUGUCGGUGGGACAUUAUCGAAUGCUGGUAUUAGCGGCCAGACGUUUCGAUACGGCCCGCAAAUUAGCAAUGUUAUUGAACUCGACAUCAUUACAGGUAAAGGAGAUUUUGUAAACUGUUCGCCACAAAAGAAUUGCGAGCUCUUCCAUUCCGUCCUCGGUGGUUUAGGCCAAUUUGGAAUCAUUGUUCGAGCUUGGAUUCCCUUAUUCCCAGCUCGAAAGAGGGUAAAGUGGGUUAGAAUUCUCUACAGUAAUUUUAGCGAAUUUACAAAAGACCAAGAACGAUUAAUCUCAAUCAAUGGAAGAGAACAAAAGGGAGCAUUGGACUAUUUAGAGGGUAUGCUUCUAAUGCAUGAUGGUCCCCCAAACAGUUGGAGAUCCUCCUUUUUUCCAUCCUCUCAUCACUCCAAAAUCGUCUCUUUGAUUAAUCAACAUUCCAUUAUUUACUGUUUGGAAGUCGCCAAAUAUUACGAUCAUCCCUCUCCCAAUACAAUCGAUAAGGAACUCGAUGAUUUGUUUGACGGGCUAAACUUUUUACCUGGGUAUAAGUUCGAGAAAGAUGUAUCGUACGUUGAUUUCCUAAAUAGGGUUCGAAACGGAGAAUUGAGUCUUCGGUCUCAAGGGUUAUGGGAUGUUCCUCAUCCAUGGCUAAAUCUCUUCGUACCCAAAUCCGGUAUUGCCGAAUUCAAUUCAGGUGUUUUCAAGGAUAUCAUUCUCAAACAAAAAGUUACAACAGGACCUAUACUCGUCUACCCGAUGAAUAGGAGCAAGUGGGACGACAAAAUGUCAGCAGUUAUACCAGACGAAGACGUGUUUUACGUGGUUAGUUUUUUGUAUUCAAGCGGGUUGGAUGAUUGGGAAUCCAUGGAUGAGCAAAACAAAGAGAUAUUAAGGUUCUGCAACAGUGUUGACAUGAAGAUCAAGCAGUAUCUUCCUCAUUACAAAACACAAGAAGAUUGGGCGAAUCAUUAUGGAUCAAAAUGGAAAAGGAUUCAAGAGAAGAAGAACGAGUUUGAUCCCAAAAUGAUUCUGUCUCCAGGACAGAACAUUUUCAACCCUUAG